AUGCAGAGCUACGAAGAAACAGACAACAUCCCGGACUUUAACUUGGAGUUUGCCGCUUUAUCGAAACUCUGGGGGGUGUACCAGCCCCUCUUCCCUGAGUUGCGAGAAGAUCGCAAGCUGCGCGGUUUCAAUGACUGGGACCAGAUCCCUGACAUUGUCGUGGUGAACAUUCAGGUUUCUGGCGAUUUAUUCAAAAACAUAUUCGAUGGAACCGCAUCGUUCCCGACGCUUUCGAUAAGUGUUGCUUCAUAUUAUGAAGACGCAUCAUCGAAGCAGGAUACGUUUGCAUCCUUAUCAUACAACUUCGGAAAAAUUGAGCUCCAGCCUGAUGGUAGCUUCUCAAUUGUUAACGGAAAUGAUAGAAUUACACCUGCAAGUGAUGGUAGAUUCGAUAUGAUCAUCAGCUUCUAUGCGCCGUCUCACAUUCUUCAUUUCGAUCCAAGGCCUACUUUGUUUACAAUACAAACCUACGACAAGGUUGAAGGCAGACUUGACAGCACUGUCAUUGGUGAUAUUGGCGAUAUAGACAAGAUUCUAGUCACUCACAUGCUACCUGGCCUUUCUGAGGAGCCCAAUUCUUCCAUUCAUCCUCAAGUGGGUGCGGCAACAUCCAUUGCUCACCCCGAGACAUGUGUCGGCACUGAUCCAGGAGAGAAUGACGAGGUUGACACCAACUUCACCCUUGCACCCUUAUCCCCGAGUGUCGUCAAGCCGCUCGACCUACCCUACUCCGUUGAUUACAGUCUUAAGGUCGACGAGCAGCUAGAAAAAGUUGUUGGCAUGGUUGCUCAUGUCAGUAUCAAGAGCCAGGAAGGCAAAGAUCUCCUCUUGAUUGAUCGCUGCGUUGUUACACUGAGACAAGAGUCCCCCUUCAUGGUCCGCGUGCUUUUCGCAAACAGCACCUAUACCCCAAUGUGUGUAUUCCCUUUGCCGAUAAUACUUGAUAAAGCAAGCAAACCACGAGUUGCGAGACAGUCGUCUUGGGUCGAGUUCAUCGUACUUGUCGCAGACCCAGUUACAGCAGCGUCUUCAGCCGACAUUGUCUUUCCCAAUCAGAUCAGUGCGGCUGGAGACAUCGUCUCACUGAACCUUCCAUACAUCAACAUGGAUAUCCUUCCUAUCCUGGAUCUCACCGAUAAAGAGCGGAUUGGUUUCUUAACGACUCUGGCUUCUAUGCAAUUCUCCGCGAAAGAGCGAGUCCUUCGAGAAGAGGCGCAUGCCAGUACCGAUACGGGCAUCAUGCCUUCCGCGCGUGCAAACUUCAAGGAAACAGUCAUGACAAUGUUCAUGCUGGCGUCUGGCGUUCAAGGUGGGCAGUCUGGUCUUAUGGCCCUCAAUGUUGAAGGUGGACAGGGAAUCCACAUGCUCUUCUUUGUUUCUGCUGUCCGUCUCGACGGCCCAACUAGUUCUGUUAUCCUUGACGCCGCCGUGAUUCCCGUCACGUCCGCCAUGUUGCUCGACUCAACCUUCGGAGAGUUCCUCAUGGUGCUUCGCCAUUUUGAGAUUGCCACUUUGAUUGUAAACGAAGACGAACUGAGGCUGUGGAAGCAAGUAUUACCAGCUAUGGUGGAGCGAUGUCGAGCGUGGCCGCAUUCGAAUGAUUGCGUGUACAGAAAGGUUCAUCAGGCGCCUGUUAGCACGGAUCACGGUCAGCUAGUCUUGUGUGAUUGCGGAAAAGGCAAGUUACCGCCUGGUUUCGUCACCGCUGGUCUCCCAGGAUGGGAUGAAGUCGGCGUGCACCAUGCCACUCGAGUCGCAAUUAGUCCAACAUUUGCUGUGCCCUUGACUGAAGACCUUGUCUCUACGGAAAACCUCAUCAAGAUGCAGGCCAGUCGCUUGUCUACUACUCAGGAUCAUUGCGUAAAUUGUGGCGCGACGGAAUCAAUUGGUGGAGGGCGAUUGAAGAAAUGCACACGAUGUCACAGAGUGCAAUAUUGCUCUACGGUCUGCCAGAAGAAGGACUGGAGCAAGCACCGCCCAGAGUGUUUAGAGUAUAAGGCAGCUGGAUCUUGA